AACAUUUUAAACACAUUUGUGUCUAUCGAAUAGUGCUAUAAACACUGAAAUGGCUCCUUUAAUUAAAUAUACAAAGCAUUUUAUCGACAACGAAUGGGUGGAUUCCAAGAGUGGAAAGACCUUUGAAACUCGAAAUCCUGUGGAUGGAUCUGUUAAUGCUAAAGUGUCUGAGGGUGAUAAGCUUGAUAUUGACGAGGCUGUAAAGGCAGCUCGCCGAGCAUUCCACCGCAACUCGGAGUGGCGUCAACUGGAUGCGUCACAGCGCGGUCAGAUUCUUCAGAAUUUUGCAACACUAGUGGAACGAGAUGCAGAUUAUCUUAACCAAUUAGAGACGCAUGACAAUGGCAUGAUCAAGCUCAUGGCAAAUAUGAUGUCAGAUUUUGCUGUUAAGAGUAUUAGAUAUAUAGCCAGUCUUGCUGACAAAGUCCAGGGAUAUACAGUGCCGGCUGAUGGCGAUAAUUUUUCUUAUACACUAAAGCAACCAGUUGGAGUUUGUGGUCUUAUCUUACCUUGGAAUGGACCAAUACUCAUGUUUAUCGGUAAAGUUGUAACUGCUCUAGCAGCUGGUUGCACCGUUGUCGUGAAGCCUGCUGAGCAGACACCUCUCACUGCCCUUGCUCUGGCUGCUCUUCUAAAAGAGGCUGGUGUACCAAAAGGAGUAGUUAACGUUGUCAAUGGCUAUGGAGAAACUGCUGGAGUUGCCCUUACACAUCAUCCUGACGUCGCUAAGAUUUCUUUCACUGGAUCUGUUGAGGUAGGCAAGCUGAUUCAACAGGCAGCUGGGGCCACUAAUCUGAAACGAGUAACUCUUGAAUUGGGCGGCAAGAGUCCUUUAGUUGUUAUGGAUGACGCGGACUUGAGUUUGGCAGUGCCAAUCGCAGCAAGGGGAGUAUUUGCUAAUCAGGGUCAAGUGUGCGUAGCUGCAUCGCGUCUGUAUGUGCAGUCGAGUAUCUAUGAUAAAUUUGUCGAAGCAGCUGUCCAAUAUGCACAGCAGAUUAAAGUAGGAGAUCCUGCAUUAGAGACCACACAUCAAGGACCACAGAUUGACGAAUUGAUGUUGAAUAAAAUUUUGGGAUAUAUUGAGAAAGGCAAGAAGGAGGGAGCAAAACUUCUGACCGGUGGUAAGCGUAUUGGGACCACAGGAUACUUCAUUGAGCCAACUGUGUUCGCUGAUGUCAAUGAUGAGAUGACAAUUGCUAAAGAAGAAAUUUUCGGUCCAGUGCAGAGCAUCAUUAAAUUUGAUACGUUAGACGAGGUUAUCGAUCGUGCCAACAAUACGACUUAUGGACUCGCCGCUGGUAUAAUCACUACGAACCUAAAUAACGCACUGCACUUCAGCAAACACGUCGAAUCUGGUGUCGUUUGGAUAAAUACUUACCUAAUGGGCGGUAUCCAAACUCCAUUCGGUGGUUUUAAGGAUUCCGGGCUUGGUCGCGAAAAUGGUAUUCACGCUUUGGAUCCAUACUUAGAAGUAAAGACCGUGACCAUAUCUCUUCCCAAGAAACUGUAGCACUACAGGUGCAUAGUAUAUUACUUUGAAGAAUUAAUAAUGGUAAUCGCGAAUUCAUCUAUACAUCAUACGAAACAUAUAUUUGAAAUCACAGUUUAGUCGAGUAUAUGCAGUUCUUUUUCGAGCAGGAUGUGCAUUGAGUCAUGACUCAUGAUUAGUUUUGAUUUAACAUUUAAUGGAGUAAAUUGACAAAA